AUGCCAGUUCAGAUCAGACAGAAACCGAAUGGCGAAGCAGAAACCCUUUUGGAAAGUACGCAAAGUGAGACGGUCAAUGUGAAGAACGACGGAACUAAAGAGCAUACGGCUCAUCGAGACCGCUAUGCUGCUCUUGAUGCAGACAAACUGAUGGAUGCCUAUGGUUUUGGAAGAUAUCAGUUUUUUGGUUAUUUUCUUUCCGAAUGCAUGAACUUCUUCUACUCGGCGGCGAUGUACGUCAUGCCCUAUGUGGAACCCAAUCCUGUACUCGAAUGUACUUUCAAGGUGAGCGAAAAUCUUUUCAAUUUCACUUGCUCGUGA